AUGGCCCGCACACGGUGUCCCAGUGGUGGCUCGUGCAGAGCGCCCAGCGGCGGCAUGCGCAGGGCGGCCGACAACGGCUCGCACGCGGCGGUGGCAGGCUUGCAGCUGCUCGCACGCGGCAGCCCGACGGUGGCUCGGCAGGGCGCCAGGCAUGCUCCGGGUGUCCUCAAUUUGGUUCUCUUGCAUCUGGUGGGUGUAGAUUCGAUUUUCCCUAUGACUUCGUUUGGGCAUCCGACUGUUGGGUUUCCGUGUUGA